UGCGGGCAGCCCUGGCCAUGGGGCUGCUGGCGGCUGCUCGGCCCGCAGCCACCGCAAUGGGGCAGCGGCGGCAGGCAGAGCUAUUCCUGGAGAAGUACGGCUACUUCAGGGAGCGGGGGAGCGCGCACAGCCCCGCCGAGUUCACCGAGGCGCUGAGGGAUUUCCAGCGGGUGUCCCACCUCCCUCCCAGUGGGUUGCUGGAUGCCCCCACGCUCCAUCAGAUGGCCCUGCCCAGGUGUGGCACCGAUGACGGCGACAGCCGCGCUGCCGGGACACGCCGGGCACGGCGCACGGCACAGCACGGUGGGCGCUGGUACAAGCGGCACCUGCGGUACCGGGUGGUGAACUGGCCGUCCUACCUGCCCCAGCACGAGGUGCGCCUGGCCGUGAGAGCCGCCUUCGAGCUCUGGAGCAACGUGUCCUCCCUGGUGUUCUGGGAGGCUCAGGACGGCCCCGCCGACAUCCGCCUCACCUUCUUCCACGGGGACCACAACGAUGGACUCAACAACGCCUUCGAUGGGCCAGGAGGUGCCCUGGCUCACGCCUUCUUCCCCCUGCGAGGAGAAGCCCACUUUGACAGCGCCGAGCGCUGGUCCCUGCACAGCGGCAAAGGGCGCAACCUCUUCAUCGUGGUGGCCCACGAGGUCGGGCACACGCUGGGGCUGCAGCACUCGCCCGUCAAGAGCGCCCUGAUGUCUCCCUACUACAAGAAGCUCAGCAAGGAUUUUGUCCUCAGCUGGGAUGACAUCUUGGCCGUCCAGAACUUGUACGGAAAGCCCUCCAAGGGCUCGGCCAUCCAGCUCCCAGGAAAAGUCUUCACUCACUUCCAGGAUUGGAACACGGACCUGUACAGCAGGGACCGAGAGCAGAGGAGCCUCAGCACCUAUUACUGCCACUCCUUCUUUGACGCCAUAACCGCUGACGGGGAUCACAACCUCUACAUCUUCAAGGGCAGCCACUACUGGGUGGUGUCGGCGAGCGGCAACGCCAGCGAGCCACGGCCACUGCAGCCACGCUGGCCCGGCCUCCCCGCCGGCAUCGACGCCUGCACCUGGUCCCAGCUCAGUGGGAAGUUCUACUUCUUCAAAGGCGGCCGAUGCUGGCGCUACGCCGGCUCCAAGCUGGAGGAAGGAUUUCCCCGAAAAUGCAGCGCCCUGGGGCUCCCUCGGCACCCGGACACCGCUCUCUACUUCCAGCAGCUCCGCCGGCUCGUCCUCUUCAAAGGCCCCAAGUACUUCGUGCUGGGCGAGGAGCCGCUGGCCGUGGAGCCCUACUACCCCCGCAGCCUGCGGGACUGGGCAGGGCUGCCCCCGGGCACGGCCGGGGCUCUCACCCACCGAGACCGCUCCCUUUACUUCUUUCGGGAUGAGCAGUACUGGAAAUUCGACCAGACCAAGCUGCGAGUGGUGGCCAGCGGCAAAUGGGCAGCACAGCUGGCCUGGAUGGGCUGCUGGGAUGCCAACAGUGAGCAGGUCCUGUUCUGAGCACGGGAUGGAACGGGGGGGUCCGGACCUCACCUCGCUCCCUGCUGCCCGGAUCCCCCUUUGUGCGGCUCUGGCUCCUGUCUGAGCGUGGUUGGGCAGGGACUGGCUGCCCGUGGAUGGAUGGAGCCGUGACCCAGCAGAGCCAGGAUGCAGCUGGGACAGAUGUGCCACAGCCAGGUGCCCUGGAGGCUUUGGGACACGGGAUUUUUUUUGGAGAAAAAAAAAAAAAUCCAUCAAAAAAAACCCAAAAAAGAAGUAUCAGCCAUGGAGACUGCAAACACACACAUUCCUGUUAACUUUCAGGAUAUUGUUACACUUUUUUAAACCAAGACUGGGGUUUGGUGAUACUUUUUGAUAUCUUUGUUGAUACUUUUUGAUACUUUCCUAUGGCAGAGAAGUGUCUCGCUGCUGCUUGCUUUGGGGUUUGGAUGGUUUUAAACGGCAGACUGAGAACGUCUCCUGCUUAAAACAAAAAGAGACAUUUGAACAAAAAUUUGGGUCCGUGUGGAGCUUUGCCCCUGCAGUUUGUUCAGACCCCGGGGUUGGGGAUGCUUUGCUGGGCUGUGCUCAUGUCCUGGUGCUCUGCUGAGACACCACCACAGUGGGAUUUGGGGGCUGAAAGCAGAGGGGUUUGGUGUUUGGGGUGGAGAGAAAGGGGAGGCUCAGCUGAGCUGCUGGCCCUGUCACUGUGCAGCUGGCAGGCAGCAGGAGCAUUGGCUUUUGGAUGGGUUUGGGGUGCCUGGGUGGCUUCUGCAGGGUCCAGCAAGGGUGGUGCUCACCUGGCAGCCCUCACUGUGUGCAGAGAAAGUGCCUGUGCUCUGCUGGCUCUGCAAGGAACGGGAUCAGCGAAUUCCUGAGUCCCUGAGCCCCACCUGGAUGAACAGGGGUGACGAAUAACAGGGGAGGAGGGGAAGAGGAGAGGGCGAGCAGGACAGAAGGACAUGUCUGUGCAUGCAGGCUCACAGGGACAGUGUGGCUGCAUAUUCCUCAUUCCUUUCCCAAGGCAGACUCCCCACCUGGAAACGCUGCUGGCUCCUGGGCACGUCCUGUCAGCAGAGGGCUGGGGAUGGACCUCAGCUCCCAGGGCUGG